AUGUCCGCCGGACGGCCAAAGGCAUUCCUCAAACAAGCAAAGGGAAAGAAGAAAAAAGAGCAGAUCCUCGAAAGUGCAGACGACUUCCUGGCAGCCGGAGUUGAAUUCGAGGAAGCUGCGGGAAAAUGGCGGGCUGGCGAUGCUGCAAAGUCGAUGCGGUUCUUUUCCAAGGCCAUUGAUGUUUACGACCAGGGUCUGGCGAAAUUUCCCCAGAGUCUUGACCUUGCAUAUAACAAGGCAAGGGUAUUGCUCGAAAUUGCGACUCAUCCCAUUCUUAUAGGCCAGCUGAAUGUGCCGCUAGUAGAGGUGUUGCAACAGGCACUCAAUGCGCACCGAUAUGCCCUCAGCCUUGAUCAGGACAAUACAGAAACUCUUUUCAAUACAGCACAAGUUCUGACGGCCAUUGCUGAAGCAUAUGCAAACGAUUCGGAUCGUGCCGACCAUGAGGCAUUGCAGCCACUGGAAGAAGCAUUAGAGCUUCAGGAUCGAUGCUUAAAUCUGCAGGAGAUAAAGCUAGAGGAAUCACUGCUCGAACAGAGAGAAGCUGAAGCUCUAUUUGAAGCAGAAAAUUCGGAGCCUCUGCCUGCAGAAGCAAAUACACAGGUAUCUGAGGAUACCAACAACUCUCCUCGAAACGGCACCGAAGAUCAGUGGUUUGCGGUAGUGGAGCCAUUGACAAAGGACACCCUCAUCGAUACUAUUGUGGCAGAGCUUGGGACCCUCACAACAUUGUGUAGCAUUAUAAGCUCAUCUCCAGGUGCGGCUCCUCCGUCUAUACUUGGCUGGAUCGAGGAAUUUUCUACCAAGUUGUUGCAAACCAAACUACCGCCCCUCCUUCAAGAUGCAGAGAUUGAGAGGCAACAGGAGGUUGCCCUAGCCAAAGCCAACUUCUCCAGUGCCUUGCUCGAAGCAGGUUACCGGUCGGGGGCAAUUGACGCCAGCACGUACAAGCGUGAACGAGACGAGGCGUUUCGGGCUCCAGAGUUAGGCAUUGAGAAGAACUUUGCAGCGCUCCUGGCCAAUACGAAUAGUCUCAUUGCAUUCAAUGCUGCACUUGCAGAAGGUGAUGCUUCUGGUGAUGCUUCUCAAGCUUCUCUGAGAUGGAACGCGUUGUCUGCGGCGAUCGCCAGCAUGGCCACUGCGUCCAAGAUCUCCACCUCGGUGCCAGACGACAUUGCAGAAACCCAUUUUCUGCGUGGAAAUUGUUCCCUUCUGCAGCACAGAUUGAGUCAGCCACCGAUAUCUUUCCAACCGGCCGUAGCAAAUGCUGCUCAGCUACUCAAGAACGCCGAUGUCUUCUACCGCAACGCUGCGAAACUGUAUCAGAAUGACGAGCAGAAGGCAGUUUCUCAACUACGAGCCGCCGUUCCUCAGGCUUUGCAGAUGGGUCAGGACAUACUGUCAGUAUCAAGUGCGAAUGUCCAGGGAAGAGAUAGAGCAUGGAUUGUGAGCCAGCUAGAAGAAAUGGCAGACGAGGGAUUGAUCUCAGUUCCGUCCAACUCUACCUGA